CUGGGGGCUCUGGGGAAACAUGCACUGGACUUGGCCAAUGCUAGUGCUGGCUGGGUGUAGGAAGGUGCGACGGCACGGGUAGGCAAAUCUGGCUGCUUGGAGACGGGCCAAGAGGAAGGGGGAUCAAGGGCGGGCACGUAUGUAUGUACCGUCCCGUACCCUUUAUAAAUGGCAUAUGCCUCAGUCGCUCCCUCUCCCACAUGUUAGCAACAUCCACCAUCUAUUGUAUGUGCAGCUCUACCAGCCCGCCAGCCUGCCACGGGACCCAUCAACCAGAAACUGUGUGGUGACGUGAGGACAGGACCCCUGUACUAGCCACCCACCCAUCCCUCCAUCUCUGUACUCCGUAUCUAUAGUCCGGCUCUUGUUAAUACCUCGGCUUCGGCGUUGCAUAUACCCACAACACACAGCAUCGCCGGCUACUCCAGAGACGGCAAUCCCUACUGCCGAAGACCACACCAGCCCCGGGUCCUCUGAAAUACCUCUUGUCGCUGAGCAGUGCCGCCACUGUCACCUGCUCGCCUAUCCCGCACCGUCUGCAUCCUCGUAGAGCCUGCGCGCCUCUGUCUCCUUCACAACCCAUUGGUGAUGUUGGCUGCCUUUGCAAGGACUGAGCUUCGGUCCCAACCUUUGCGAGCCCUACGUGGUAGCAGCAGCAGCAGCAGCAGCACAAUCUCCUUUCCCUCGCGUCGGACGGCUCCACUGAUCGCAGCAGCCAUGGCCCCGGCCAGUCGACGAGCCAACAGCUCCUUGCCUCAAGGUUAUGCCGAGGACAAGUCAAAGGGGCCCAUGCUCCGGUUCCAGGACUCGUUGCCCCGUCUUCCCGUGCCCACCCUCGAAGAGACCGCGGCACGCUACCUGAAAUCUCUCCACCCGCUGCUCAGCCCCGGCGAGUUCGAACAGAGCAAGAAGGCCGUGGCAGAUUUCGUCAAGCCCGAUGGCGUCGGCUCCAAGCUGCAGGCAAAGCUGCUCGCCCGUCGCGAGCACCCCAAGCACAAGAACUGGAUCUAUGACUGGUGGAACGACGCGGCAUAUCUCUCGUACCGAGACCCAGUCGUCCCCUACGUCAGCUACUUCUACUCCCAUCGCGAUGAUCGCAAGCGCCGGGACCCUGUCAAGCGCGCCGCCGCCAUCAGCACUGCCGUCUUGAGCUUCAAGAAGGCCGUCGAUGAGGGCACCUUGGAGCCCGAGUACAUGAAGAAGUUGCCCAUCUGCAUGGACAGCUACCAGUGGAUGUUUAACGCCAGCCGCGUGCCCGCCAAGCCGGCCGACUACCCUGUCAAGUUCGACCCAAAGGCGCACAAGCACCUGGUGGUCAUCCGCAAGAACAACAUCUACAAGGUCGUCCACGAGGUCGGCGGGAAGCAGCUCAGUGUGACUGAGCUGGAGGCCCAGUUCCGACGCGUCUACGAGCUGGCCGUGUCGCGCGGCCCAGCCCUCGGUGCCCUCACUUCCGAGAACCGCGACGUCGCUACCGACGCCAGAGAAGCACUGCUUAGCGCUGACCCCAGCAACAAGGCCGCCCUCGAGACGAUCGAGUCUGCCUCGUUCGUCGUGUGUCUCGAUGAUGCCGCCCCUGUGACGCUCGAGGAGCGCGCACACAGCUACUGGCACGGCGACGGACAGAACCGCUGGUAUGACAAGCCCCUGCAAUUCAUCGUCAACGACAACGGCACUUCAGGCUUUAUGGGCGAGCACAGCAUGAUGGACGGCACACCAACGCACCGUCUGAACGACUACGUGAACGAUGUCAUCUUCAACAACAAGAUUGACCUCAACGCGACCGACGUGCGCUCGAACAUACCCGAGCCGACCCUGGUCAGGUUCAAGAUCAACAACGAGGUCCAGAAGGAGAUCGACCGCGCCAUCACUGACUUCAACUCGGUAAUUGGGCAGCAUGAGCUGGCUGUUCAGUCCUACCAAGGCUACGGCAAGGGCCUGAUCAAGAAGUUCAAGUGCUCGCCCGACGCCUACGUGCAGAUGAUCAUCCAGCUGGCCUACCACAAGAUGUACGGCAAGAACCGCCCCACGUACGAGAGCGCGGCGACGAGGCGGUUCCAGCAGGGCCGGACCGAGACAUGCCGUUCCGUGUCGGAUGCCAGCGUUGCGUGGUGCAACGCCAUGGCGGACCACGGGGUUGACGACCAGACCAAGGUCGGCCUGUUCCGCGAUGCGGUCGCUGCCCAUAUCGAGUACAUCGGCGCCGCUAGCGACGGAAAGGGCGUGGACCGCCACCUCUUCGGGCUCAAGAAGCUGCUUGCCCCCGGCGAGGAGCUUCCCGAGAUCUACAAGGACCCCGCCUACGCUUACAGCAGCUCGUGGUACCUUUCGACGUCGCAGCUGAGUUCCGAGUUCUUCAACGGGUAUGGAUGGAGCCAGGUCAUCGAUGCUGGCUUUGGUAUCGCCUACAUGAUCAAUGAGAAUAGCAUCAACUUCAACAUCGUCUCCAAGGGCAUGGGAAGCCAGAAGAUGAGCUUUUACCUCAACGAGGCGGCCGGCGAUAUGCGCGACCUGCUGGCGCCAACCCUUGAGGCGCCCAAGUCCAAGCUGUAAGGGUAUAUAUAGCUGGGCCCAUUCAUCAUAGAAGGACAUCAGGUCAAGGGGGGCCUGGGAGGUUCCGCAGCCGUGGAACAGGACUGGGACGCGUGGGCGCUGACCCAAAUAGAAGUGAUCUUGUCUGCUUUGGGCUCAAAAGUCAUCAUAUUCCAAUAUGUUUCCAAGCUACUGCUCAUAUAGACAGCAUAGGCACCUCUCAUGAGCCCAUCGGGCUUUGGACGUUUCUAUCAUAUCCCGGCUUGAGUGGAGAGAUGGGCCUUGUACACUAGACUAUGUAUGACGCGCGUAUGUGUGCGCGUAGGCAACGUUAGACCCAUAUAAAUGAGAUUUGCCUCGCUCUAUUUCAAUGUUCACGGCCCCAGAAUGUAUCUGAAGGGCCACGGAGCAAAGGUCAUACAUGCACGACGGUGAGUCGAGUAAAGUCCAACUUUGAUGUUUGAUCUUGACCAGGGCUGAAGAGACAAGGCUUUAGAUUUCCUUCGCGACGGGGUGAGGACGGGGUGAGAAGCGACCAAUCCAAAGCGCAUCGACGACCACUCUCGUGGCAAUACUCUUUCUGUAAAUAUAUUGCGGAAAAAAUGUGACGUGUUUUUGAUGCGGUCCUAUCACUUCCCGACAAUGAUCACAACCUCAGCUUGAAACGCUCCCUUGGACAGACCAGUCCGUAGACAGUGCAGACGGUGCUCGAAUACUAGGAGCCGUCGCACCGUCGGACUGGUAUCCCAGCACAAACAAAAUUCCCUUCGCUGCCUCCAGCUAGCCGCCACUCAGCGAGCCGAGGAACAGAUACCUGCCGAGCCAGAGGCACACCACGACAUACCUUUAACCAGAGUGAGACACGAUCUCGUCCACCAAUGUCCCCUUCUCAGCGUCGUAGUAGGAGCUAAUCUGUCCCGGCAGGGGCACCUCGAUAUAAUCAUCAUCUGGGCCGGAGAUGACGUUGAGGUUGAUGCCCGCAGACUUGGAAUGGAUGAUCUUGGUGGCCGUGCUCUCCUUGCUGAAGUAGACCUGGGCACCAUCGACCGAGUCCAUCAUGACGGUGGGUAUUGUGCCCAUUACUUGCAACGCGAAGUUUUGCGACUUGACCACGUCAACGGACGAUACAAGCGUGUCCACGAUCAGGUUCAGCCUGUUUGUGUUGUCGAUGGUCACCGCGUUGGCCUUGCCCUUGACUAUGAUGGUCGAGUUGUUACAUCUGCUGAUCAGGAUCGAGUGAGACAGCGAAGCCUCGAUCUCGAUGGGGUUUGCUUCCUUGUCGAAGUUCUCGAUCGUCCACUUGUUGCCCUCGAAGGCCUUGACGGGCGGCUUCUUGGCCCUCAUGCUCUCUGGCUUUGGCUUCUUCCCGGGCGCGGGGCUCUUGCCCCUGGAGGUGUCGGAGACAGUGCUGCUUGCGCGCAACGACGGGUUCUUGUGCGUCAUCUCGGACCGGUCGACCUUGCGCAGGCCCGCGGUGACGGCCUCGCCCUUGUUGAGCUCGGAAAACACGGCAUCGAGGCCGCUUGCUGCUGUUUUGGGGGCUUCCUUCUGUUCUUUGAUCUGCAGGACUGGUGGGGGCCCUGGUGGCGGGGGUGGUGGUGGGCCACCGGCAGCUGGUGGAGGAGGUGCUGGCGCAGAAGCUGGGGCGGCAGGGGCGGAAGCAGCCUUGACGACCUCCUGGAUUGGCUGGCCCUGGGCAUUCCAAGGGAUGCCGGAGGGGAAGUACUGCUUGAUAUAUUCACUAAGGUCCUUGAAGAUCUGGUGGAAAGACUGUAUCCACUCGACCUGCUGCGGGUUCUUGUCCUUGUUGUCCUUGAUCACUCGGUUUCCAUAAUAUUGUGCGGAGCCCAGCGUGUUUUCAACGUGCUUGUGCGGCUUGCCCUCGUCGGUAACCCAGGCCAGCACCAUGAUGCCCUCGGCCACGGCGCUGAGCUCGUUGGAGACGGGGGACCCCCUGUUGGAUUCCUUUAUGUUCAUGACAGCCAUCAGGGACUCGUUGAUGGGCUUAAGCAGCCGCUGGUAUGCCUCCAUGUCAUCGCCGUUGCUCAUGUUGGGCUUCUUGGCCUUGGUGGUGAUGAGCAGGAACUUGCGCUCCUCCCGGAAACCAUGGAGGACCUUGGCAGCUUGUUCAGCGACGAGACCACCAAUGGCCUCGCUGAGUUUGGAGUAUUUCUCGACGGAUGUCUUCAGAAAGGCAUCGAAGUCCUCGAUGGAGUCGGGCAGGUCCUCGUCGGCGGCGGCGGCUGCGGGAGCGACGGGGGCGGGCGCGGGGGCGGGCGCGGAGGGUGCGCGGGAGGGCGCGGAGGGUGCGCGGGAGGGCGCAUCAGAGAUGGCCUUGGUGGAGCCAUCGGGAGAUGCGAGGGUCUCCUUGAGGGCGGGCACAGCCUGGGGGAUCUCGAUGGUUGAGGAAGCAAUGUCCUCGAGGCGCGAGGUGGCGGCCUCGAGUCUGUGCAGCAGGUUAGUGACGCGUUGGUUUGUGUCGGAGGAGACGACGACGGGGGCCAUGGCGAGGGGAGGAGGGGAGGGUUGUCGGGGUCGGGUUUGCAUAUGCGGGAGGGUGUAAUGGUGUUGUGGUGUCAUGAAGGUGGAAUUGGAGGAGCGCACCGCUUGAUCAAGGUGGUGAGGUU